UCUCGUGCCGUGAGUGAUACAAGAUGGGGAGAAAUCACAGAAUGCUUCUAUUGGUGGUCGGUUUGUGCCUAGCGAGUGUGGGACGUGCUCAAAUAGUGCAAAACGGACAAUGUAGUACUAUAAUUUAUAUGCAAAACUUCGUUUUGAACUCGUUCACAAACCCAUGGUUCGAAAUCGGCAAGUCAUCCGCGUCGAAUCCCGACUGCUCCACCCUAUCGUUCACCAUUGGCAACAACAAUGCCAUCACCUUUUCUAACCCUUCGGUGGUGAACAACUUCCUUCAGACCUCCACCGGCACGGCAACCCAGACCAAUGGCACGGCCCAGUUCUCCAUAACGCUGACUGGUUCUACCACCCCAUUCGAUUUCGGGGUACUCAACUCAGACUAUGAAAACUACGCCAUUGCCAUCAACUGUGCUGAUAUAAGCACGACGCAAAGACAAAUAAACGUUUGGCAACUGGGAAGAGCAGUCAACUCGUACAACACCACAGCAACUUUAGCUGCGGCCAACAACGCACUCUCAGCCGUCGGUCUCAGUGUGAGCAAUCUGACGACCAUCGAUCACUCCACAGCAGCCUGCACUCAGCUGCCCGUGAUCGGGGCAGGCCAGCCUGUGAUCUUGGACGGGCAGUGUAACACUGCUUCCAUACCUGUCGUACAAAGUUUUGAAGUCAACAGGUUCGUGGGAACAUGGCACGAGGUCUCAAGUUACUACUCCGCUAACGCAGUUGGGACUUGCGCAAGGGCAGAGUAUACACUAGUAGGAUCUACAGUCAACGUUGUGAACAGCCAAGUACUCAACCAGCGAUUGGACCAAAUCACUGGAACUGCAACGCUUAUCGGCACCGAUCAGUCUGGAAGGCUGAACGUGGUUCUGGACGUACAAGGAGUGCUCAUCCCUCAAGAACUGCUAAUCUUGGACACCGAUUACCAAAACUACGCUGUAUCAUACUCCUGUUAUGAAAUAUCAACAACUCAAAGACAAGUUAACGCAUGGAUCUUGAGCCGUGAGCAACAACUAUCUGCCACAUCACAAGUUGAAGUCAACAGAGUGAUCGCCUCUCUCGUCGACCUGAACACAGAGUACUUCCAAACCACCGACCAGAGUGAUAACGGCUGCUUCUACUACCCUGUCCACCAAUCGGGGGUGCCUGUGGUCUUCCCUGGCACUUGUGACGACACCAUUGCUGCUAUUCCCAGCUUUAACCUGGCUUCGUUCACCGGCCCAUGGCAUGAAAUAGAAGCAUAUCCAAAAGAGCAACAGACCGGUACCUGCGUUAACCACGUGUUCACGUCGGCCAUCGCCAACACCCUGAACUUGGUGUCCAAUCAAGUUGUGGACAGAACACUGACAUCGUCUAGCGGCAGUGUUAUUCUGGUCUCUUCUGAUGGAAGCGGAAGACUCUUGCUCACUAUGGUUACUAACGGACAAAUUAUCGAAAUUCCUUACUGGGUCCUCGAUACGGAUUAUGAAAACUACGCUUUGAUCUACAGUUGUGUACAACGGGAUACUGAAAUUCCGUCUAGAGCAGUAUACAGUUUGAAACUCAGCCGAACUCAAACCCUAACAGAGGCCUCAAAUACCCUUAUCAACACCGCUAUGAGCCGAGUCAAUGUACUGGAUGCACAGUACUUCGAAACCAUUGACCAGUCUGAAGAUGGUUGCUUCGCGUACCCUGAAAUAGCUGCUGGAGACCCUAUUGUUCUACCAGGACAGUGUGGAACUGUUACACCCGUUGCAAGCUUCCAACCUAGUCAAUUCGAGAACACAUGGUACGAGAUCGCCCGGUACGCGUCUGCACGUCAGACCGGCAACUGUGCCGCGCAACAGUUUACGUAUACGGCUCAGAAUACCUUCACGGUUACCCAGACCAUAGUAUACAACGAGAGGCUGACCACAGUGUCAGGCACAGCCACUUUGGCCACUGACGGCAGUGGCACCUUGACUGCUACCCUUAGCGAUGGAGCUGGCCUUACUUAUACAACGACCAUAUACAUCUUGGAUACCGACUACAACGAAUUCGCUUUGCUGUAUAGCUGCGAAAACAUCCAAGGGACUAACACUAGACAAAUUUACAGUUGGAAACUCAGCCUAACGCAAUCAGGGUUUACGCAGGCUGCCAAUGACAGAAUAUCCGCAGUGGUUACCAACACCUUAGAACUUCUAGAAAGAUAUUACCAGACCACUAGUCAGACUAAUGCGGCCUGCUUCUACUACCCGGUUUUUGAAGGGACCCCUGAGGCUAUAAUUUUGCCUGGAACCUGCCCCACUGUCGCUGGCGUGCCUAACUUCAACCCUACUAAUUACCUCGGCUAUUGGUACGACGUCAGCAGAUAUCCCGCCGACACCCAUGUUGGUACGUGCCCACGCGCACAGUACACUAUUAAUGAUGGCGUCAUCACCAUCCGCAACACAAUGGUCGUCGAUCAAAAGCUGAGGGUACAGGAUGGCGUCGCCCGUCUCUCAUCUGCAGGCACUGGUGUCCUUCAGGUCACAAUUGUGCUGGAGAACGGAGAGGAAUUUGUGCAGCAGCACCAUAUCCUUGCGACCGACUACGAAGACUAUUCCCUAGUUUACGCCUGUCGUAACUUAGGCAAUGGUACUAGAAGAGUGUACAGUUGGAAACUGAGCAGAACCCCAACCCUGACCGACGAAGCGAACGCUGCCAUCAACCUCGCCAUCGCCGGCACCCAGGGUCUGCUCGAAGACUACUACCAGGCCCAAUCCCACACAGACCAGGACUGCUUCUAUGUACCAGAACCGGUAUCUGGAGAACCUGUGGUGUUCCCUGGAUCCUGCGGCCAAGUAGCCGGCAUGCAAGGAUUUGAAGCUUCUCGGUACCUAGGCUGGUGGCAUGAGAUCGAACGCUACCCCAGCGCUAGCGCUCAGAACCAGUGCACCAGCGCCACCUUUGAACAGGCGACCGGCAACACCUUCAACGUCAUUGAAGCCGGUGUAACCGGUAAUGAGGUCGAAGAGGUCACGAGCAGCGCCACAAUCAGUCAGAAUGGUGUCAUCACAAUCAAUAGAAAUGGAACCAGUGCUCAAUGGAUUGUGCUCGGUACGGACUAUGACACGUAUUCGCUUCUGUAUUCUUGCGAGGAUGUGACAACGGAAGCGGGGGCAUACAGACGAGUAUGGAGCGCUAAACAUAGCAAAGCUCGCGCGUUGACCGCUGCAGCUACAGCCGCCAUGCAGCCCCUUAUUGAAGCCAACCCAGUACUGCUUGACCAGUUCUAUGAGACCGUCGAUCAGUCCGAUGCGGCCUGCUUCCACUACAGGGAUGACGUCACUACGCAAGUCAUCCUGCCUGGCCAAUGCGAUACCAGCAUCCCUGUGCAACAGAACUUCAGUAUAACGCAAUUCGCAGGCACAUGGUAUCACAUCGAGAGAUACCCCUACUCAGCCAACAACGAGGGCACAUGCAUCGGAACCAGAGUAACAGUUGACGGCAGCGACCUGGCGGUUCAGCACUGGGAGGUUCGCAGCGAAACUCUCCACGUUAGAGAAGGAACUGCUACAAUCAGUGGAGCUACGCUCACGAUCAGAUUGCCUGCAGAAGGCAGUCAAGAAUCUGUGCCUUUAGAAGUCCUCGUUCUAACCACAGAUUAUGAUUCAUAUGCCUUGGCAUACACCUGCACUAACAUCAAUUCCUUCCAGAGAUCAGUCGGUGCAUUCAAGCUGAGUCGCAACCGGUCCCUGAACAACCAGGCCCAGUUCGCCAUCCAGACCUAUAUGGCCACUAGGGAGGAGCUACACCAGCCCUAUUUCAACAGCAUCACACAAAGUGAGGACUGCGAUGAGCCGAGCUCCGCUCUUCUCGUCAAGAGCAGUAUUAUUAUCAUGCUAGUCUCAGUAUUCUUGCAUUUAUUCAUGUAGGCUUUCUUUAAGCUUAUAAUUUAGAGUCGGAAACAGAAGGAUCGCGGAAUGUAUUCAUAUGAUACUAUCCUAAUAGUCUUAAAACAGAGGACUAUACAUUCUCGGAUUCUUCUUUUUCCGUAUAUACUUUAUUUAUAGAAAAUUACGGGCCUGAACCAGUUACAUUAUCUUUAAUACUUUUUUGAUCAACAAAAAGGUAGUUAAAAUAAUUUUUCGCAUCUCCUAAUUCAGGUUUGUAAAGCAUUUAUGAAUAACGUCAUUAGUAAUUUAUAAAAUUUAUGAGAAAUAAUUUAUUGAUAAUUUUAGAAGUCAGAAUGGUUAUAUUUAAAUGUUAGAAGUCAGAAUGGUUUAGAUCUCGUCACCAUUACAUUUAACUUUAAGUUUAUUUAUAAAAUUGUUUUAGAAAUGUCCGUUUGUAGAAUGUAAUAGUUAAUAAUGUACCUAAACCUUUUUUCGUUUCUAUUACAAAUAACCACGUGGUUUUAUUUCUAAAUAAAGUGUUUUUGUUAUUUAAA